CUGGAGAUACAGAUGAUCCUCCAAGAAUUACUCAAAAUCCUGUCAUCAAUGGGAAUGUAGCAAUGGCUGAUGGACAUAACAACACUGAAGAAGACAUGGAAGAUGAUACAAGUUGGCGAUCAGAAGCAACAUUUCAGUUUACAGUUGAACGCUUCAACAGAUUGAGUGAGUCAGUUCUCAGUCCUCCCUGCUUUGUACGGAAUUUACCAUGGAAGAUCAUGGUUAUGCCACGACUCUACCCGGACAGACCGCACCAAAAAAGUGUAGGAUUCUUCCUUCAAUGCAAUGCUGAAUCUGAUUCCACGUCAUGGUCUUGUCAUGCACAAGCAGUUCUCAAGAUAAUAAACUACAAGGAUGAUGAAAAAUCAUUCAGUCGUCGUAUUAGUCACUUGUUCUUUCAUAAGGAAAAUGACUGGGGCUUUUCCAACUUCAUGGCCUGGAGUGAAGUUACUGAUCCUGAAAAAGGCUUUAUAGAAGAGGACAAAGUUACUUUUGAAGUCUAUGUUCAAGCAGAUGCUCCACAUGGAGUAGCGUGGGAUUCAAAGAAGCACACAGGAUAUGUUGGCUUAAAGAACCAGGGAGCAACUUGUUACAUGAACAGCUUGUUACAGACGUUAUUUUUCACAAAUCAGCUACGAAAGGCUGUGUACAUGAUGCCCACAGAAGGAGAUGAUUCAUCCAAAAGUGUUCCUUUAGCAUUGCAAAGAGUGUUUUAUGAGCUGCAACAUAGUGACAAACCAGUUGGAACUAAAAAGUUAACAAAAUCUUUUGGGUGGGAAACUUUAGACAGCUUCAUGCAACAUGAUGUCCAGGAAUUAUGUCGAGUGCUGCUUGAUAAUGUGGAAAAUAAAAUGAAAGGCACAUGUGUAGAAGGCACUAUUCCUAAAUUGUUCAGAGGGAAGAUGGUGUCUUAUAUCCAAUGCAAACACGUAGACUAUCGAUCUGAACGAAUAGAAGAUUAUUAUGACAUCCAGCUAAGUAUAAAGGGAAAGAAAAAUAUUUUUGAGUCCUUCAUCGACUAUGUUGCAGUGGAACAGUUGGAUGGUGAUAACAAAUAUGAUGCAGGAGAACAUGGCUUACAGGAGGCAGAGAAAGGUGUGAAGUUCCUAACAUUGCCACCAGUAUUACACCUACAGCUCAUGAGAUUUAUGUAUGAUCCUCAGACUGACCAAAACAUCAAGAUAAAUGAUAGGUUUGAGUUUCCUGAACAGUUGCCACUAGAUGAAUUUUUGCAAAAAACAGAUCCUAAAGAUCCUGCAAAUUACAUUCUUCAUGCAGUCCUAGUACACAGUGGAGAUAACCACGGUGGACAUUAUGUUGUUUACUUAAAUCCAAAGGGGGAUGGCAAAUGGUGUAAAUUUGAUGACGAUGUUGUAUCAAGAUGUACAAAGGAAGAAGCAAUUGAACACAACUAUGGAGGUCAUGACGAUGACUUAUCCGUACGGCACUGUACGAACGCGUACAUGUUGGUUUACAUCAGGGAAUCAAAAUUAAGUGAAGUUUUGCAGCCUGUCACGGACCAUGAUAUUCCUCAACAACUUGUAGAAAGGCUACAAGAAGAGAAAAGGAUAGAAGCUCAGAAGAGGAAGGAAAGGCAAGAAGCUCACCUCUAUAUGCAAGUGCAGAUAGUGGCAGAGGAUCAGUUCUGUGGUCACCAAGGCAAUGAUAUGUAUGAUGAAGAAAAAGUGAAAUACACUGUUUUCAAAGUAUUAAAAAACUCCACGCUUACAGAAUUUGUUCAAAAUCUCUCUCAAACAAUGGGAUUUCCCCAGGAUCAAAUCAGAUUAUGGCCAAUGCAAGCAAGAAGUAAUGGAACAAAAAGACCUGCAAUGUUAGAUAAUGAAGCAGAUGGCAAUAAAACGAUGAUUGAGCUCAGUGACAAUGAAAAUCCAUGGACAAUAUUUUUGGAAACAGUAGAUCCAGAGAUGGCUGCUACUGGAGCGACGUUACCCAAGUUUGAUAAAGAUCGUAAGCAUAUAUAUAUUUCCUCUGAAUAA